GCGAGAGUUCGUCCUGCCGGAAAACAGCACGGCGCGGCGGCGUUUUACGACGUCGGCGGUGAAAGGCUCUGGAAACCCUCCGACUUCCUUCCAGAAGCGGGGCGAAAGGUGGCGCGAUGUUCGGUGCGGGCGACGAAGACGACACCGACUUCCUCUCGCCUAGCGGCGGUACCAGAUUGGCCUCUCUUUUCGGACUGGAUCAGGCAGCUGCUGGCCAUGGAAAUGAAUUCUUCCACUACACAGCCCCAAAGCAGCCUAAGAAAGGCCAGGGGACAGCACCAACAGGAAAUCAGGCGACACCAAAAACAGCACCCGCCACAGCAGGCACUUCCACAGUAUUGGUUGCAACAGCAGUCCAUGCAUAUCGCUACACAAAUGGUCAAUAUGUAAAGCAGGGCAAAUUUGGUGCUGCAGUCCUGGGAAAUCACACAGCCAGAGAGUAUAGGAUUCUUCUUUACAUCAGUCAGCAACAGCCAGUUACUGUUGCCAGGAUUCAUCUGAACUUUGAGCUAAUGGUUCGGCCCAGUAACUAUAGCACCUUUUAUGAUGAUCAGAGACAAAACUGGUCCAUCAUGUUUGAGUCUGAAAAGGCUGCUGUGGAGUUCAAUAAACAGGUAUGCAUCGCCAAGUGCAACAGCACCUCUUCCCUGGAUUCAGUGCUGUCACAGGAUCUUAUUGUAGUAGAAGGCCCUGCUGUAGAAGUUGGUGAUUCUUUGGAAUUGGCCUAUACCAGCUGGCUCUUUCAGAAUCACGGACUGGGCCAGGUUUUUGACUCCACUGCUAACAAAGAUAAGCUGCUUCGCCUGAAAUUAGGAUCAGGAAAAGUCAUCAAGAGCUGGGAGGAUGGAAUGGUGGGCAUGAAAAAAGGAGGGAAGCGGUUGCUUAUCAUCCCUCCAGCCUGCGCUGCUGGCUCUGAAGGGGUAAUAGGAUGGACUCCAUCAACAGACUCGAUCCUGGUGUUCGAGGUGGAGAUUAGGCGGGUCAAAUUUGCUAGAGAUUCCGGCUCUGAUGGGCACAGUGUUAGUUCCCGGGAUUCUGCAGCCGCUUCACCCAUACCUGGUGCUGACAACCUCUCUGCUGAUCCUGUUGUGUCACCGUCCACAUCUGUUCCUUUCAAAUCAGGGGAGUCAGUUCUUCGUUCCAAAUCUAACUCCCUCAGUGAACAGCUUACAGUAAAUACAAAUCCUGAUACAGUCAAGGCCAAGUUGAUCUCUCGGAUGGCUAAAAUGGGCCAGCCCAUGCUGCCCAUUCUUCCACCACAGCUGGAUUCCAAUGAUUCAGAAAUUGAAGACGUGAAUGCUCUUCGAGGAGCUGGGCAGCCUGUGGUGACUCCGUCCAUCCAGCCCUCUCUUCAGCCAGCCCAUCCAGUGCUACCACAGAUGACCUCACAAGCAUCUCAGCCAUCUGUUUCUGGGCUCCAAACACCGUCUGCUGCCUUGAUGCAAGUUGCAUCUCAUGAUUCCCACUCAGCUGUAUCUGGAAACGCCCAGUCCUUUCAGCCCUAUACAGGUAUGCAAGCCUACGCUUAUCCUCAGGCACCAGCUGUUGCUUCCCAGCUGCAGCCCGUUCGGCCCUUGUACCCCGCACCGCUCUCUCAGUCUCCUCAUUUUCAAGGAUCAGGUGACAUGGCUUCAUUUCUCAUGACUGAAGCCCGGCAGCAUAACACUGAAAUUCGAAUGGCAGUCAGCAAAGUGGCUGAUAAAAUGGAUCAUCUCAUGACUAAGGUUGAAGAGUUACAGAAACGUAGCACUGGCAAUUCCCUGCUCAUUCCUAGCAUGUCGGUGACAAUGGAAACAAGCAUGAUUAUGAGCAAUAUCCAACGAAUUAUUCAGGAAAAUGAAAGAUUGAAGCAAGAGAUCCUUGAAAAGAGCAGUCGGAUAGAAGAACAGAAUGACAAGAUUAGUGAACUAAUUGAACGAAAUCAGAGGUAUGUUGAGCAGAGUAACCUGAUGAUGGAGAAGAGGAACAACUCACUUCAAACUGCCACAGAAAACACACAGGCAAGAGUUUUGCAUGCUGAGCAAGAGAAGGCCAAGGUGACGGAAGAGUUAGCAGCAGCCACUGCACAGGUCUCUCAUCUACACCUGAAAAUGACUGCCCACCAAAAGAAAGAAACGGAGCUGCAGGUACAGCUGACAGAAAGCAUGAAGGAGACAGACCUCCUUAGGGGCCAACUCGCCAAACUGCAGGCAGAGCUCUCAGAGCUCCAAGAAACCUCUGAGCAAGCACAGUCCAAAUUCAAGAGUGAAAAGCAAAGCCGGAGACAACUGGAACUCAGGGUGACGUCUUUGGAGGAGGAGCUGACUGACCUUCGAGCUGAGAAGGAGUCUCUGGAAAAGACAACUGGAGCUGAUGAUGGUUCUCUUGUUCCUAAGAACCUCUCAGAAAGGAAAAAGAAGUCAGCUCAAGAGCGCUGUCAGGCUGAGGAGGAGAUAGAUGAAAUUCGUAAAUCACACCAGGAGGAACUGGACAAACUUCGACAGCUCUUGAAAAAGGCUCGGGUGUCCACGGACCAAGCAGCUGCAGAGCAGCUGUCUCUAGUACAGGCUGAGCUGCAGACCCAGUGGGAAGCCAAGUGUGAACAUCUGUUGGCCUCUGCCAAGAAUGAACACCUGCAGCAGUACCAGGAGGCGUGUGCACAGAGAGAUGCCAGGCAGCAGAAGCUGCUCCAUCUUGAGGAGAAGUGUUUAGCCCUCCAGGCCCAAGUCACAGCCCUGACAGAGCAAAAUGCACAGCGCAUCAAGGACCUGGAGAGCAAGUCCCAGAUGUCUGGGGUUGAAGCUGCUGCUGCUGCCGCUGACCCCUCAGAGAAGGUCAAGAAGAUCAUGAACCAGGUGUUUCAGUCCUUGCGGGGAGAGUUUGAGCUGGAGGAGUCUUACAAUGGCAGGACCAUUCUGGGGACCAUCAUGAACACUAUCAAGAUGGUGACUCUUCGGCUGUUAAACCAACAUGAGCGAGAGAAGGGAGAGAGCAGCAAUGAAGAAGAGGAAGAGGAAGAAGAAGAGGAGCGACCUCGGAGUGCUUCCGGACAGUCUCAGGCACCCUUGAACAGGGAGAGGCGGGAGCCCCCCAUGGUGCCGUCAGAGCAGGUGGUCCAGGAAGCUGCCCCACUGCCUCCUCAGGCCCUCCCCGCUCCCCAGGAUGAUGCACAGAGAAGGGAAGGGGAGCCCUCGGAAGCAGAGGCGCGCUCAGAGAUAAAAGAACCGGCUUGCCUCCCCUCCCGAAGAGCUCUGGGGCCCCCAGCUUCAAUUCCCCCUGCGCCUCCAGGCCCUGUGACUGUGGACUCUGAGGGUGAGGAGGCGCUGGCAGCCAGCCCACUGGGAGAUGCCUGUGUCGGGGAGCAAGAGAGCUCCACGAGACUGCCCCUGACUUCAGACCCCAAGAAGGUGGACCCCCUGGCUGUGGGGCCUGAAAGUCCAGGAGGAGAGCCUCAGGCUCCAGAGCUCCAGAAAGACGAGGAUGGCACUAGCUCCGCUGCUCCCUCCCGGGAGCCGCACGGCACAGAGGCAGCGUCUGCGGCCGUAGGAGCAGUGCCUGGAUCCGAACACCGUUCUCAGCAUCCCAGUCUCUCUGAGGAUGAAAAGGAUGAACUGUUUAAAGGGACAGCUCUGAAAGUUCCGAGGCCCAAAGCACAGGCUGAGGAGGAGGAUGAAGACGAGGUGAGCAUGAAGGGACGCCCGCCCCCAACACCCCUUUUUGGAGAUGAUGACGAUGACGAUGACAUUGACUGGCUGGGAUGAAGACCCAGGAAACUGGUGCAAAGGUUUCUCUACCAACCUUUCCCUAAGCAUGAUUUUGCACAGCCAGCCCUGGGUUUAGACGAGCCACAGGGUGAGGUGAAGGUGAGCAUCCUGAGGACAGUAGUUCAGAUAUCUGAGUUAGCCCAUUUCCGAGCCCCCGCCUGGCCAGGUGGAGCGGAGUGUGAACCUGUCUGCAGAACGCUGGGGUUGUCAGCAGCCCGCCAUGGUCCUGCCUCAGAGUCCCCCAUGGAAGAAGGGCCGGGGGGCUCCCCUUCGGCCAGUCCCUACGAGAGUCCUGCCCACUCCCACGCUUUUUAUUCUCUGAACUCUCAGACUGAUCUGCCUCUCAGUACUCAACUGUGUCCCAGCAACAGGACUGUCACCUGGGGUGAGGUCUCCCUGGUAGAACCGAGGGUGGAGUAUACCAUCUAAACCCGGUUCAGUUAACAGCCUUGCCUGCAGUCCUGGGACAGAUAUCUUUUCUCUGCCUUAAAGCUGAUAUAAGAGGUCAAUGAAUAUUUGAAAUUAACAGAACUAAAAUAAAUGUUUGCAGUGAAACUUGACUCAGGAUGAAAUCGGAUUUGGUUCUGAGGGCAGUCUGUGCUCUCUGGGAAUCUAAGGGUAGGAGUUGUAACAGAUCUGGGUUUGUUAACAUGCGUGAAAGCCUUGUGACAUGUUCCCUUUGGUACUUAACCCUGGAACUUUUAGGCUUUCAAAGAAGGUCACCACUCUGCUAUCCCAGCUCAUCCCAGCUACUCUAAGGCUCAGGGCAGCAGGGUUGUCUGAGGACCAGUCCUGUCAUCCACUGGCUCCUGCAGGUGUAGUCCUACACCCUAGGAAGCCAUGCAGAGAAGGUGGGAGGGUCCCUGUGUUCUCUUGUCAUCCAUGAUGGCACCUGAGAGAUUGAGUCUUCGCUUUGAGAGCAGCUUCCAUUUCCUCUGAGUUUAGGCCCAGGACUAAUGUAGGGAAUAGUGAGAAAAUAUCUGUGGUCAUUUUACUUAUUCCAGGAUUUUCUAAAGACCAUGCAGCCAGUCUUCAAAAAGGAGAAUAAUUUUAAUAAAAAUGUUCCCUGAUUUAAAAUGUUUAUAAGAUAGGAACCUGAAUUCCACUCCAUCUGAUCUGAUAUCAUCCUUUUUGAUGACAGCUUUGAGCCUGUCUCCCAUUUGUGGGCCUGGGAGGCAGUAAAAACUACCAUUUACUAAACUUUGUUGUUCAACAAAUAGGCACUGUUGUGGAGUACUUUACCCAGACUGUCUCACCCCCAGCCACCCUUGCAGGAGACACUGUUGUCCUUGUUUUAUAGAGGAGAGACUGAGGCUGAGAGAGAUAAAGUAACCUGUCCAAAGUUACAUAGCUAGUAAGCAGCAGAACAAGAAUUCAAAUCCUGGUCAUUGGAUUCCGGAGCCAGGGCUCUUGGCCACCCCAGCAGCAUUCAUCUUGGAUUGAGGGAGGAGGGCAGUGAUGUUUGUCAGAAAUAUAGGCUCCUGGGCCCCACCCCAGCUCUCCUGAAACAGAAUUGCUGCCCCGUUAGGGUAAACAGAGCGUAGACUUUUCGGUCUCCACUGCCGUAGCCAGUUACUCUCUCAGCCUCAACCCUCAUCUGAGUUGAUGAACAGACUGCAGGCCAGGCUGCCUGGCUCCGCAUCCUAGCUCUGCCGCUUAUUAGCUGGGCGACUUUAUUUAACUUCUGUGUGCCUAAGCUUCCUCAUCUGUAAGACAAGGACAGAAAUAGUCUCUACCUUAUUGUGGGGAUUAAAUGAGUUAAUAUUGUAAAGUGCUUAGAACACUGCCUGGCACGUAAUAUGCACUAUAUAGGUGUUUGUUAAAUU